CAACAACGAGUGUUCCUUCUCCUCGCUUUGUUACACUUCCAUAGCACUCGGAAAACCUCCAUCGGCCUCAGUACUUGGCACGCUCGCAUUCAUGGCACACCGACUGCUCACUUCGACUUCUCUGCUGCCUAGGACACAGCAGACUCUUGCAGCACGUAUCAAAGCUACUGUGCCUGUUCAGUACGCCAACUAUGUCACGGCUUCCGCCGUCGUCUCGGCCGCUGUAAAGGCCAAGAAAGGUGCAGCUCCUACCCGUGCCAAAGGACAUUCCAACUCCUUUCGCAAGAAGGGAGUAGUAGACGAUGACAGCAAUGAGGGCGCAACAGGAGCCGGUCGCUUGAAUGAGAAAUAUUAUAAAGCUGCAAUCCCUGUCAAAGUUGAGGAAUUCCUUCCUUCUACCGCUACCAAGGAUAACAUUGGAAAAGUCCUUGGAAUACCUUCGGUCGUAACGCCAGCAUUGAGCCAAACUGCCUUCCCAACAUUCUUGAAUGAGCAGUUCGCUUUGGUCAAGUCUGCUGCAUUGGUCGUCCGUGAGUCGACUGUCGAUUUGCUUGAGAGGGUUGAUAAGGCUAUGAAGACGCCUUCAGCGCAAAGCAGGAUCGUACUUACAGGGGAGUCUGGAUCAGGAAAGAGCGCUGUAUUGCUACAAGCUGUAAGCCACUGCCUCUCUGCUGGAUGGGUUGUGAUCUACGUCCCUAAAGCAAGUACUUGGAUGAAUAGCUCUUUCGCCUACAACAAGGUGCCGGGCUCAACAUCGUUUGUUCAGCCUUUGCUCGCAUCUAACGUUGCUGGGCAGAUCCACGGCGCUAACAAAUCAACCCUCAACGGAAUUGUUGUUUCAGAGAAUGCCAUGAUCGGCCAUCAGGAGGUUGCAAAAGGAACUACGUUAUCUGCUCUCCUUGAAAUCGCUGUGAAGAACCAAUUCGCUGCGCAGGAUGUCAUGGAACUCUUCUUGAAGGAAUUGGGGGCUCAAAAGGGGGUCCCCACAUUGAUUGCUGUGGACGAAAUCAACACCUUCUUUCGCCCUACAGAAUACCUGAAUCAGGAUGCCAAAGCGCUCAAUCCUGAGCAUUUGAAACUCCCCAAUUUGUUUUUGCGGUAUAUUUCAGGAAAGAACUCACUGAGUCAUGGAGCCAUUGUCACUGCUACGAGUGAAACACAUUGGCCGAGGAAGAGUGAGACCCUCGAUGUCAGCUUAGGAGUCAAAGUGGUCUCACCCUACAAGAAAUUGUCCCAGACCAUUUUGCCAUGGACUCAAGGCUUCACUAGAUUUGAAGUACCAAAUUAUACAAGACCAGAAGCCAAAGGCGUCUUUAAUUACUACAAAAAAGGCAACAUUAUCUAUGAUGCCCCAUCAGAAGCCCUUUUUCUUAACAAGUUUAUCACAUCAGGUGGCAAUCCUCGCAAGUUCUUCACUGCAUGUGCAAAAGAGAUUUAAGGAUACUAAACAUGCUGGAAUGAGCAUUACGAAUUAGCGUGUAUGAGAAUAUCAAGUGUGUGAGAGUGUGGGGUGUAUAAUCAUAGAGAUAGAGUGUGUGGAUCAUUACAAGGCGAAUUAAAAUCUAUCAUCCAACUGGCAGCGUUAC